AUGGCCACGGAGUUGGAACAAUUCGGUGAGAUUGUGAAACAUAUGUUAUGGCCUGAUAACAACGUAAGAACUGAGGCCGAGAAGCAAUAUGAGCAGAUACCGCUCAUCAAAAGAAGUCAAUUGCUAUUCCAGCUGUUCUUGGACACAACUGUGAAUGUCGAGCCGUGUGAUUUCAUUCUCGGUAUUUUUAUCACGGAAACAUUUCCGUUAACACUGACUGCCGAAGAUUCGAAGACGACAAUGUUAGAUUGA